CGGCGGCAGAGCCAGCGACGCCAACCCUCCCGGCCCUCGCACGUCCACGCCAGCUUUCUGUCCGCUCCACAGCGCGCUCCGCGACCAUGACGGAACAGGCCAUCUCCUUCGCUAAGGACUUCCUGGCGGGCGGCAUCGCCGCUGCCAUCUCCAAGACGGCCGUGGCCCCGAUCGAACGGGUCAAGCUGCUGCUGCAGGUACAGCAUGCCAGCAAGCAGAUCGCGGCCGACAAGCAGUACAAGGGCAUUGUGGACUGCAUCGUACGCAUCCCCAAGGAGCAAGGCGUGCUGUCCUUCUGGCGGGGCAACCUGGCCAACGUCAUCCGCUACUUCCCCACCCAGGCCCUCAACUUCGCCUUCAAGGACAAGUACAAGCAGAUCUUCCUGGGCGGGGUGGACAAGCACAAGCAGUUCUGGCGGUACUUUGCUGGCAACCUGGCCUCCGGCGGGGCUGCCGGCGCCACCUCCCUCUGCUUCGUCUACCCACUGGAUUUCGCCAGAACCCGCCUGGCAGCCGACGUUGGCAAAUCGGGCGCGGAGCGGGAGUUCAGGGGCCUGGGAGACUGUCUGGUGAAGAUCACCAAGUCGGACGGCGUCCGCGGCCUGUACCAGGGCUUCAACGUGUCUGUGCAGGGUAUUAUCAUCUACCGGGCGGCCUACUUUGGCAUCUACGACACGGCCAAAGGCAUGCUGCCCGACCCCAAGAACACACACAUCGUCAUCAGCUGGAUGAUCGCUCAGACGGUGACGGCUGUGGCUGGGGUUGUCUCCUACCCCUUCGACACCGUGCGGCGGCGCAUGAUGAUGCAGUCGGGGCGCAAAGGAGCCGACAUCAUGUACACCGGGACGGUGGACUGCUGGCGGAAGAUCCUCAAGGAUGAGGGCGGCAAGGCCUUCUUCAAGGGCGCCUGGUCCAACGUGCUGCGGGGCAUGGGCGGGGCUUUCGUGCUGGUCCUCUAUGACGAGCUCAAGAAGGUCAUCUAAGGUCAUCGCCAGCCGCUGCCACUGCCUGCAGGGAAGAGGGGCCGGCCAACCACAUAGAACCACACCCAUCCGCUAGGGACCACUGACCUUCAGGAAAGUCCCCUUGUUCCUCUCCAGCGCAGAUCAUGUCCUUAGAGGGCUAGGGGACGCGCCGCAAGGGGCUCGUUGUGACCACAUCUGACCAUUCCACAGCCGAUCCGUGUCUUGAUUGUCUCGGGGUAGGGAUCAUGACCAAUACCGUGGGUCCACAGUGGGCUACCCGAGGACCCCACCUCCAGACGACGCCUGUCACCCCUCCUCCCUCCCAUCAUGUCGAGUAUUUAUUUACGAUCGUGUUUCCUACCUGCCCGUCAGUGCUAGCUCCUCUCAGCUCAGCUGGAUCCCGCUGUGAUGCGUCACGGGGGUCAUUCUGCUGCGCGACAAUAAAAACAGGACUUGGAACAGUGUGCUUCUCUGCGCUCUCGGGGGUUCUGACGGGGACACAAAGGGCCUGCGAGGGGGUCUUCUCUCCCCAGGCAGGGCCUCCACUGGGGAUUGUGGUACGGGGUCCUCAGAGGACUGGAGGGGCUCGGCGGCCAGCCAGCUGGGGAGAUUGAAACCCACACGCAGGUGAAGGCUGGAGCCUGGGUUCCUGAUGGCUCUUUUCUGGCUGCUCCUGGGUCUGCGGAUGAGCCCAGGUAAAUGGUACAGUGCGGCGGGCGUUCACACAGGUGGGUCCCCUGCUCGUCUGCAGUGCUGGUAGGCAGCCAGGCUGAUGGCAGCUCAGCUGCCUCCAGGGCCCCCCGCAGCACCAGCAAGCGUCGGGGGCAGUUUCCCCCUGAGGCAGGCCCUCCACUGGGUUGUGCUUAUGGGGUCCUCAGAACAGCCCUGGGGGCACAGAGGACAAGCGGGGUCUGGAGCCCACGCGGGUGAAGGACACAGCCCAGGCUGAUGCCAGUCUUCAGCUUGGCUUGUGCGAGAAGCCGCUCCUGGUUCUGUGGGUGAGCCCAGGUGAAUGCCAGGGGCCUGGGCCUUCACACAGGUGCGUCCGAGCCUCCCAUCCGGGAUGUCCUCUUCCGCUGUGCUCUUCCACCACUCCAGCCAGUAGUAGCCCCUCAGGACCACUCUUAGUGGGUCCCGCAUCACCAGGGGGUCUCCCAACAGGGUGCCGGCAGGUUUGCAUCCGGAGACCCACCUCUGCCCUGUGCUCACCUGGAGGAACCCCACUGCAGAGGCAGCGUAAACCUGCCCAAGUGUGCCGGCCACCCGGAGACAGAACAGCCUUCCUCUGUCCCUCGGCUUCCUUUUCACAUGUUCCACAUUCGUGACAGAACACUGGGUGUUUGGAGCGUCCAUUCCGACUGGUAGUUUCCAAGUGGGACAAACGGUUAAGUGCUCAGAAGAAAGCCCUGGCAAUCUAUUUCCAAAAAAUCAGCCAUUGAAAACCUUAUGGAGCA